AUGAUGACUGUCUGGAAGGAUAUUGCAUGUGGACAGGCUGUCCGUGUGGGACCCACCUGCAAUCCACAUCUGAAGGCAGAGAUGGAAGCCGAGCUGGACGCCUUAGUGGCACAGGAGAUGUCACAGGUGGAAGAAGCAGAAGCACCUCAAGAUGCUCAUUGUCCUGCUAGUCAAGCUGCCGAAGAUAUCCCUCGCCCAGAAGCAGAUGACGAGAAUUUGCGGCGAUGCAAGAAGCGCCGCCUGCAACCUGGAGCCAUGCAGUCCACGAAAUCGUUGGAAGCUGCACUGGUCAAGGAGCCUGAUCAGUGCCAUUCCCUUCUUCAUCAAAGCAAUCGCAUGAUCGCACAGAUCCGGAGUAUGAAGCCAGAGUGGCCUGAGCAGCUGGUCCGUGUGGUGGCAUGUGCUUGCAUAUUGCCUCACAUGAGACUCUGCGAUGGCCGAUGCCUUCGGGUUCAUAACGGGCAAUGCUUCUUGUAUCAUGAUUGCGGUGCGUUUCAAGUCUCUCGCGGCAGUCCUCCAGAGCAAACAGUGGCCCGAGUGAAGGAGUUCAUACUUCAGCUGGAAGGCUUGUUUCGGUGUCUGGGAGGCGGUGUGGAGCGAACAACUCCUAGCAUAGUCGAGGCUGUGGACAGCAUGGAGGCAGAGAGAGGUGGAAACAUCAAAGCAAUGCUUGACAGCUGGAUAGAUGCUGCAAUUUUCAUGAAACAGGCGCAACGUGCCCGCAGACUCCAGCAGUUUGACGAAGAUGGCGAGGAGCAAGCUGGUGGCAUCGGAAUCGCUAAUGCGGGCGGAUGGGCCCAAAGCAUUGCGACUGCUCUAUGA